UGCGAAGUGGGUGUGGCUGAGGGGUUCGGCGAUGUCGGUAUAUUUGCAGGGGGGGGGGGUUGAUGGUUUUAAUCUCUCCCUCGCCCCCCGCCGCCAGAGGGAGGAGUUUCCGGGUAUCCCAGGAGGCUGUGCGGAUUUCAAGAUGGCGGAUGUGUAAUGGCUCUAUCCCGCAGCGCGGUAAAGUAACUGAGCAGCGGGAGUCGUUCACCAUUGUCCAAACCCCGGAUCUGCUUUGGCGCUUCAAACCCGCGCCUGGGAUCGGCGCUUCAAACCCGCGCCUGGGAUCGGCGCUUCAAACCCGCGCCUGGGAUCGGCGCUUCUCCCGCCUCUGAAUGAAGCCGGCGGGGAACAGGCGCUCGCUGCGCCAAUCGACCGCUCUAGGGAGGCGGCAGAAGCCAGCGGCCGCCCCCCCGAGCCGAAAACGGCCGGGCGGCGACGGCGAUGAGGAGCCCCUGUCCCGGCGGCCGAUGAGGAGAAUGACCCGGGCUGGGAGUCAGCCAGACCAUGCCCCGCCGGGGGGCAUCCCUCCUGUGCCAGCAGCCCCUGUGGAGACAGACAGCGACUCCUCAAACCAGACGGACUCCGGUUCCAGCAGCGACGAUGAGCUUCCUUUGGCGUUUCAUCGAAAAUCUGAGGAACUGUCAGUGUAUGAGAAGAAACGACUGAAAAAUAUUCAGGAAAAUGCCCAGUUCUUUGCAUCUUUAAACAUGCUGGAGACUGCUAACAAACUCCGGGAAAUUGGUAAAAGGCAGCCAAUAAAGAGACGGAUUGCACCCAGAAGAGAAAAGCUUAAAAGCUCCGGAGAGCAACCUACAGUUCGACGGUCAAUGCGCCUACUGAGAUUAGAACCAACAGGCACUCCACUCCCAGAAAUACCAAUAGAAACACAAAUGAAGGUGGAGGAGAUAGAUGAGAGGAUUCCUGGGCCUCUGAAAAUGGUUGGAAACGAUGAAGAGGACAGCAAAGUUACUGAGAAUCUAAUUAACACAUGGCUGGAGAUUAGCCAGGGUGAGAUGCAUAUUGAAAAAAAGCAGUCAGUAGAAUUGAAAAAGUACAAGUCCAGUUUGAACAGGAUGACCAUCCAAGAAGGUUUUGUUGCAAAAGUGACAACAAAACGAGUCUGCUCACUAGCUUUACAUCCAUCUCAGCACAGGUUCCUGGUUGCUGCAGGGAGCACUUCUGGACAUGUCGGACUUUGGGAUCUGAGUUCCCAGGCUGAUGGUAUCCUUGAGUUCAAGCCUCACUGUGGCCCUGUUAACUGUUUGCAUUUUUCACCCUCUAACUCUGCUGAGCUCCUGUCCCUAAGCAACGAUGGGAGCAUUCGCUGUGGAAAUGUAGCUACUGCUGUCUUCGAUCAGGUAUAUACGUCCGACACAUGGAAUACCUCUUCUUUUGACUUCUUGGCUGAGGAUGGUUCCACAUUAAUUGUCAGUCACUGGGAUGGAGAUGUCGCUAUAGUAGACAGACGGACCCCAAGCAUUUCAGGAGAACUGGAUGCAUAUCUAGGCAUAAAGCAUUUACGGACAGUCAGUGUUCACCCGGUACAUCGACAAUACUUUGUAACUGCUGCAGCACGUUGUGUAACCAUCUAUGAUGUUCGGAAUCUAAAAACUUCACACAAAGAGGCUGUAGCUCACACGGAUGGACACAGAAAGAAUGUAAAUUCUGCCUACUUUUCACCAGUUACUGGUAACAGAGUGGUGACCAUCGGCUUGGACGAUAGAAUCAGAAUAUUUGAUACAAGCGCCAUAAUUCCCAAGAUUCCUGUUGUGGCAUCAAUAAUCCAUAACAAUUUCACUGGGCGCUGGCUGACUAAAUUCCGAGCCGUGUGGGACCCAAAAAGGGAAGAUGUUUUCGUUGUGGGUAGUAUGACCAGGCCGAGGCAGAUUGAAGCGUUCCACAACACGGGCUACAAAGUGCAUGAAUUCAGGGACGCAGAAUGGCUGGGAUCUGUGUGCUCCAUUAAUGUGAUGCACCCGACGAAGAAUGUGUUGGUUGGUGGAAACUCCAGCGGACGCCUUCAUGUCUUCAUGGACAACUCGUUAAGUGGGUAAUAGUGGAAUUUCUUGUGGAUUUUGAGGGCCAAAGCUCACAGUCACUGUAAGGGUAAAGGAGGAAUCUUGUCAGAUUGCAUUCCGCAGGCUAAGGAGAGAGAUCCUUUGAGUUUUGGGUCUUUUAUCUGCCCUGUUAAUUAUCAAUUAUAAUUGAUAGAUACAGCAGAUUCAUAACAACGGUGCACAGCUGAUCAAAUGAUAUGUACAGACUAGAAAUCACCACAAAUCUCUCAAGGCUGGGAGAAUGGGAAUAGGCAGCUGGAAUAAAAUGGUAUUUUUAAUCUGUAGCAUUGCCUCCUCUUGAAAAUCACAAAUGACCUUAAUCUGCUCUACCUGAGAGGAGAAACUUUUCAUAGAGGAAAGUGGCUAUAGUCAAAUUAGUAAAAUAUUAGAAUAAAGAACAAAGAAAAGUACAGCACAGGAACAGGCCCUUUGGCCCUCCAAGCCUGCACCGAUCAUAUUGCCUGUCAACUAAAAGAUUUUGCACUUCGGGGUCCGUAUCCCUCUAUUUGCAUUCU